ACGCAGCUUAAAUGUCCAACAAUUCCCUCCCACCCACCUCUCUCCUCUCUUAAGCUUGAUAAGGGCAGCUCUCUCAUUCACAGUCCAGUUCAUUCACUGAAGCUUCUUUUUCUAUCCGUGUAGGCAACUACUACAGUAUAUGUCAAAUGGAGCUACUGGCUGUUCCUGCAAACAGGUGUAAAGGAUGGUAUCUUUCUCUGAUGGCCCCCAACACAAAAGGACAAGCAUUUGCCUGGCUGGACCCAUCGAGACUCUACUGCAACUCCCUGGCUCUUGCAGAUUGUGUUAAAGACCUUGUCAGUCCAUUCCAGAAUGACACCAUUGACCUGGUUGCUGGGAUAGAUGCCAUGGGAUUCAUUCUUGGUGCAUCUGUUGCCAACACUCUUGGAAAAGGUUUCCUGGCUAUCCGGAAAGCAGGACACCUGUGUGUCUCAACCCAACACCAAAACUAUAUAGACUACACAGGCAAAAAGAAGACUAUGGAAAUAAGAUUGGAUGUACUAAAACCAGGCAUGAGGGUGCUGUUAGUCGACCAAUGGAUAGAGACUGGAGGCACCAUGAAGGCUGCAAUCCAGCUGGUAGAGAGGCAGGGAGCCACUGUUGUAGGUGUGGCAACAGUGGCCAUCCAGAACACUGAGGGGGGAAAGUGGAUUAAAGAGAACUACAAGUUCUCUCACUGCAUCCCUGAAGAGCUGCAGAGGCAGAUCGAUGACAGAUACCUGACUUCUUUCCAAGCCUUCAACAACUGUACACUUAACAAUGAUGAUGGUAAGACUGAUUUGGUCAGGAAAUAGUUUGCUCUGCAUACAGAUGUGCUUUUUUAAAGAGUGAAACUGCACUUUCAUGUGAUUUUUCCCUUUUUACAUAAAAGCUUAACUAACUGUUCCUUCAGAAUGUUAUUUUCAAAACACUAUCUUUAUUGAUAGCUUUAUGACAUAGAACACAGACUGAAAAGAAGACUAUAAAUGAUCAAACAUGAAUGCAAACUAUUCUAGUUUUAAUGAAAAUCCAUAUUCAAUUAUUUGACUGUAAAGCAAAAUGUGCCUAUGAAGCAAAUACUGUAAAUAAAAAUGCAUCUACAUUUAAACAUUGGGGGUCAGGAUG